AUGACGGAUGAUUCAGGUAUGGACUAUAAUUUCAUUUACGACGACAACAUCACAGACUUCUAUUUUCACGCCUAUGAUCAUCCUUUUUGGAGAAAACAUGAACUAGAUGCAAGCACACGACUUUUACCGCGAAAUACAACCUUGGCGCCAAAGCCGGAUAUCUUGGAACUAAACACACACAGAUGUCUUGUAUUUUCUCCAUUAUUUAUUAUUCUUGCUUGUAUCAUGGUAUCUGGCGCUUUCUGUAACAUUGCUGUUUGCUACAUAUACAGAUGUCGAUCUAGGAGAGCGGCUUCCAAUUUCUUUGUUAUUUUCUUUGCUGUUUUUGACCUUUUUGGGUGUUUAGUUGUAAUUCCUCUAGAAGUUUCCUCGUUAACUUUACCGUUGAUGUAUAAAGUGGUCUCUCUGUGUAAGGUCAUGGAAUGUGUCAAAUCCUGGCUGAUGUGUUGUCAGUGUUUGACGUUGCUGUGUGUAGCCUUUGAUUGCUACAGAAAAAUGUGUCACUCAGAACGGGAUUUUAGUGUUUGGAAAGCGAAAGUAUGUUGCUUUGUUGCCGUUGUAUUCGCUGUAAUUUUGUCACUUCCGGCGUCAGUGGUAUUUACUGCUAAGCCACUUAGGACACCGUAUACUGAACACUUUGGAGUUGGUUGUUUGGUUGAUUCAAGUGGGGUGGAGUGGUUAAGAUUUCUUUAUUGUAUCUGUGUGCUUGGGACAUUCAUCGUGAGUGUUUCUGCAAUGGCAGGGUUGUAUAGCUUGAUAUACGUGUCAUCGUACAAACAACAACAAGCAGACGACACCGGAAAGAAAGCAAGUCCACUGAAAAGGGAGUUUCCAAAGAAGCAUAGAUUUGUUAGACAAGAUACGGGUACCCCAUGCAUAACAAAUUAUUCUGAGGAAAUCUAUCGUCUUCAUGACAUUCACAGAGGAUUGCAUUGUGCUUUUCUUUCUCAGUCUGACCACGUACAUAGGAUAAGUUGCAAAAGACAAUCCAGAACAAAUAAUAUGAGCAACGGUGAAAUGAAGACCAGUUUUCAGAGCAGCCACAAAAAUAAGUCAAGCGGAACUAUGUGCAGUGCUGCAGCCCAAACUGGCAAAGAUGGUAACAGUGGGAACCAGUCAAAUAAUCAGAGUAACAGUGUAAACACACCCGGCAACCAGAAUAACAGUGUAAACAAGACGAGUAACCAGAGCAACAGAAGAAAAAGAUCAAGAAAUCAAAGUAACAGAGAAAUCAAGAUAUUUGGCAUUAGUAGCAAUGGAAUAAAACACAACAGUCAAAUCAGUGAAGGAAAUGAAACAAACGAUCAGAACAAAAUUGGCGGCAAUACCAACAAAUCUGCUGGUCAAGGUGACGUGACAUCUGUUGCACUCUACAUCAAGAAUAAAGAAUACGUCCUCAUGUUCACAGUCAUCUCAGUAUUGACUGCCAUCAACAUCCUACCGUUUGUGGUGGUGACAAUACUCUACUCAGUCACAUCAGCAUUUAACAGCUUUUCUUCAAACACGAGUGAAAUUAUGUUUCAUUUGUGCUCUCGGUUGUACCUCCUCAACUGUCUUGUGAAACCAUUAACAUACAUGAUUCUUCAUAGAAACUUCAGAAAACAAACCAGGCACACCUUUAACAACUUUAAGAUGUCUUUACUGCAUAGAGACGUAACGUCGUGUAAGAAACUACAGCGGUUGUCUGUUGUUGGUCCUUUACGUUCUACGCUAGAGUCCACUGUGUAUAGACCUACUAGAAGCAUGUCUUAA